UGCUUUGUUGCUUUCUGUUGUGCUGAUCAGAAUUAGAAUAUUCGUUUCCAUUUAGUUUUAAUUUUAAGUUGUGUGUUACAUGAGAACAGCCCUGUCCACUCCAAUAUCGAUUGCUUUGUUACGAUUCCUACCCUUCAAGCCGACACGAAAGUAACUAAAGACAGCAGAAUAUCUACUGGUAAACAGCAGUUGUCUUUACAACCGUACUAAUAAGAUUCUAUUCUGAAGAAAGUGAAACGUGUUCUUGGAUUACCUUAGAUUUUAAUUCCUUCUUCGUCAGCUUACUUGUGAGGAUUGUCACUAUGAAGGUGUUACUAUUGAUUUUAUUAGGGGCGGUUUCGUUGGCGUCAGCACGUCUGCUUCCAUACAUGCUGUCCUACCAUGAUACGGUUGGAAUUCCUCUGGCAGAACGCCUCAAGAAAUCGGAGCAAGCCCGAGACUUUGAUGGAUCUAGAAUUGUGAAUGGAAAUCCUGCUCCUUUGGGUGCUCACCCGUACAUGGUCGGUUUAGUCAUAGAAAUGCCGGGAAAUUUUAAUUCAGUAUGCGGCUCAUCUAUGCUCAGUAAUACGAGGUCUCUCACAGCUGCUCACUGCUGGUUCGAUGGAUCUAGACAAGCAUUAUCAUUCACACUGGCCUUUGGAACUACCACUGUCUUCGUUGGUGGUGUCAGAGUACGCACCACAAACGUACAGAUGCAUGAAAAUUGGAGUCCAAUAAAUUUUAGCAAUGACAUAGCUAUAAUUACCCAUAACUGGGUCACAUAUACCAACGUUAUUCAACCAAUCGCUUUACCAUCUGGAUCUCUUCUUGACAACGAUUUCGUUGGGUUCUGGGCACAAGCUUCCGGUUAUGGAAGAACCGGUGACGAACCUCACCAUGACAUCACACCAAACCAGAUAAUGAGAGAAGCAACCCUCCGAGUAAUUAGCAACAAUGAAUGUAGAAAUGCUUAUGGAUCUGUCGUCCGGAAUACUAUUCUCUGUACAAGCGGAGCUGAAGGAAGCAAUAUUUGCAACAGUGACUCCGGCGGACCUCUGUCCAUUAUCGACAACAACCGGAGAGUAUUGAUUGGCGUUGUAAUGUUCGGAUCAAAUCGAUGCGAGGGUCGUCUCCCCGGCGGGUAUUCUCGCGUUACAGCUUAUAACAACUGGAUCCGGGCUAGAUUAUAAUUGUAACUAGAUAAUGAUAAUAAAAAACCGUACAUAAAAGAUAAAUGAUUUAAUUAAAUAAAUGUGUAGAUGCAAUUGCCACAAAAA